AUAUAUAUUUUGUUUAAAAACAAAGAAGUUAUAGUUUCUGAUAAAUUAUAUUAAUUACAAAAAAUGGUCGGUGAUGCCAAUCGCAGCAUACAAGUCCUUAACAUUUCCAAUGUAAAUGCCCAGGGCAAAACCGUACUCAACGAUGGCAAACUCUUGGAUUUAAUACAAAAAUACCCCUUUCUUUAUAAUCCUCGCGUUAGAGCUUACAAUGAUAGCGACUAUUCGACAUGGGCUUGGAAAAAUAUUAAUGCUGCCUUCAAUCGUUCAUAUGCCAAUGAUCCAAGUGCGGCUUUUUCCACCGGUGAUCUCAUGAAUAGGUGGGAGAUUUUGAAACCACUUAUACAAUGUCUUAGCAAAGCCUAUGACCUAGAAGCCAUACCUCAAUCUCUCAGAAAGUCGGUCGUGAAAAUCAGCACUGAAUUAGAGGAUCAAACUUGCAAUGCUAUGAUCAAACCCAGCAGUUUAUCACAAAACUUACUACUGCAAAACAUCUGCGCCAUUGCCAAACUAUCCAUGGAAAAAAAAUUAGCCUUAGAAAAAGAAAUACUAGAUUUAAUACUGUCAUCCGAAUUGGAGGGCAAAACGACAAACUUAGAAGAGGCGUCUUGGACGGAAAUCAAUCAAGAAACUGAUGAAUUUUUAAAUGAGAUUGGUUUUAACCAGGUUCUGCUCACAUCCGUCAAUGCUCAGGAGAAGAUAUUCUACUCAAACUAUUCGAACCAACACAGUAUAAAAACCUACACGAAUGCAAAGAACACCCAUGGCUGGGUGCCUCUAAAAGAUGUACAUAAAUUUAUUAAACCCUGUGAGAUUAGACUUAAGCGUAUAAAUGUUGAGGAUUAUUUGCCUUUAGCAAAAAUAAUAAAAAUUGAUAAAGAUAAACAUAAGGAUGUCAAGGAGGAAAUCUCGAAAGAGGAAUCAGCUGGAAUUUUUGGAAUUUAAAAAUUAAAUUAUUUGAUUUAUUUUUAGUUUUACUAAAAAUUAUGUCAAUUGUUUUGCCGAAAUGUGAAAUAAAGAAUU